GCGCAUGCAAGGGGAGCGAGCACCGGUCACUCCCCACCGCCAAUGGCCUGCUCGCCCCAACCGGCUGCUCUGGGACUGCCUGUCAAGCCCAGCUCCUCGCGUCUACCGGUUCCCUUAUCACUAUAUCUUCUCUACUCUACCUUUCUGAAGAAACAGCCUGGCGUUACGUCAGACCCGGGCAAAAACCGCAGGGCAAGCAAGUCGGCGUCUAAGGAGCUAGGUAGGCAUUGCUGCCAAACCCGGGUUAAGGCUGCUCACUCACAGCUCAGCGUUCAAUGUCAUUAAAAAGGAACACUUUUCAACCGCGGCAGCAUGUGGUAAGUCAAUUUUUCUCUGAUUAAUUUUUCCAGCCGUUGGGAUUUUUUUUUACCAUUUUCACUCACAUGACACUUUGACCAGUUGUCUCUGGCUGGCAUAAUUGCGCUAAAACUGCGGUAACACCGUGUGUUGGAGAUUGUUCAAAAGUAGACUAACAAACGUUCGGCCACUUUGAAACCGACAUGACAUGAUGAUGAGGCACCCAAGCUUUUCAACAACCACUUGCAGAGAUUUUUUCUUCAUUUUUUCAAUUUGAUUCUUGAUCAUUUCAAAACAAACAUGCCUCAUGCUCGAAAUAGGAACCCUAGCCCCAUCCCUGAGGUAACAUGGGAUACGGGAUUGAAGGAGAUGAACGAAACUUGGAAGGGAGCUAUUGCCUGUCUCGGGGUGGCAGUCUUUUUCGUCAUGACCAUUGGGAUCAUAUACUGGCAAGUGGUGGAUCAGCCCAACAAGAACUGGAUCCUAAAGGGGAGUUAUAGCGGGCUAAUCUGGGAGAGACGGACUCACUCUCUGGUCAUACAGACACUGACAGAAGACAAGACCUAUGUGGAGAUUGACGUGGGCAACGUGGGGAACCCCGAUAUUGAAGUGCCGUUUGUCAGGAACCUGUGCUGGCUCAAUAAGACGGAGUUCUGCUAUACAUGGGAUUCGGUGGCGGAGGUUAAAAUAUCUUUGGAGGUGAAUGAGGCGACGGAGACGGAGUGUUAUAGCAUGACAUGGGCGCCGGUGCACUGUCAUGUGGAGCUGAAGGACUGCUUCUCCAUGGCUAACAUGUCGUGGUACGGUGGUGCCAGUGUCCAGAACCAGAGCUGGCCAAUCAACGAGCAGAAUGUCACCAUGCAGCCGUUCACUGUUAGCAACCUCAGGGACAACCCCUCUGGCUUUGGCUCAGUCCUCGAACGCUACUUCCUGGGCUCGUCAGGUGUAGCAGUGCUGGUGUCCCCAGAUGUUCCUCUUCAGGUGGGAAUGGAGAGCCGACAGCAUUUUUGCCUGCAGUCUCCCUCCAGCCUGGAGCGCACCCCGCUUCAGUACACUGUGUGCGUGGGCCACAACAUCAGGGCUGUACACCAGGAGGCGCUGCAGCAGCUCUCAUCGCCCAGCAGGGAGCUGCCCAACUUGGAUGUCUUAUGGUUGCCUUUCUGGAAGCUUCUGGCCAGUGUGGACUCAGGGCCAAAGGUAGAGAGGGAGUUGAGGACUUUCUCCAACCGUCUGAGGAGACACCAGCUGGGAGAGGGGGCCAUCAGCCUCAACGAACAUUCCACCGCCCUCCUCGCCGACAUGGACCAUGACUACCUCACCAGCAGGAAAAGGGGGACAUCCAAGAGACAGACCAGGGACUUCAGGGACCUCUCACUGAUCAAGCUUCUAAACAUUUCCAUCACCCUGUCCCCGUUCCUGAGCGUGGACACCACCCAGUUCCACAAGUCCCUGCUGGACGGCACUGAGGCCUAUUGGCUCAGCCUCCCCGUAGCCCCACAGGGGCGGCUGGUGCCUGUGCUGACCCAGUGGCGAGGGCAGUUCUGCGUGAAGCUGAACAUCAGCAACCCAGAGGCGGUCAGCUGGUUCCUGGACCGGGUGGGCUUGCUGCAGGCCCGUUUGGGCAUGGAGUACAUCCAUCUGGAGGGGGCAGAGGGGAACCCGCUGGACCUGGGCGGGGGAGACCAGUAUAUCGGCCAACUGGCAGAUGUGGCAGCCAGGAUAGAAGAGUCGGCUAUCAUGAAUGCAGGGACAAGGUCGAGCCACAAGCCUGUGUUUGUGCGGAUGCCUCCUCUGCAGUCUGACUGGAGCUCCUCUGGACUGAAGGGCCUCAUUCCCUCCUUGCUGCACCACACUCUGCUGGGGUACAACUUACUCAUUCCCGACGCAGUAGGUGGUUCUCUAUCUGGGAACCUGGUGACUGACGAGGAGCUGUUCAUCAGGUGGCUGCAGAUUGUAGCUUUCCUCCCCGUCAUCAGCUUUGAGACACCUCCCUGGGUCUGUGGGGAGGACCGGGUGCUGAACUUGACGCGGGCUCUCAUCGCGUGGCACCAGGACUUUGUGGUUCCACUGGUGACGAGGUAUGCAGAGGACUGGAUGACCUCGGGGAGCCCAAUUUACCGGCCCCUGUGGUGGCUCAGCCCUGAUGACCCUGUGACCUUCACCAUUGACGACCAGUUCCUCAUCGGAGACGAGGUCCUUGUUGCCCCGGUAAUAGAGAGGGGGACAGUACAGAGAAAUAUUUACCUGCCCGACGGGGGCUUUCAGUGGCAGGACAGCCGCAACGCCCAGGUGUUCGACGGGGGAACUCUCUUGGAGGACUACCCUGUCGCCCUUGAGGAGGUUGCCAUUUUCUUACGGAGGAGAUCUUGAGGCUCAAGUCACGUGAUUUAUACGUGACCUAUCCGGAUACUAGUUUUGAAUCCUUUAUUUUAUGUUUUACUCGUGCUGUUCUCAAGUUGCACUUUUCCACAAAGACAAUUGACAGAGGCUCAAGACUUCUUCUUGAGAUUAGAUGUGAAUAUUUUUAUACUUGCACUUUACAAUUCAGAACGAUUUGUAUUUUAUUGACGUCGUUUUCUUCUCUCUUCCUUUUUUAAACUUUAAUCUAUUGUACCUCUCGGCUGAUUGUUUCAGGACUUCUUUUUUGUUUAUUUUAAUCAUUGCUGUUCUUGCUUUUUUGUAUCUAAGAAAGAAACCUGUGUGUUUACAUAUGAUUCAUUUCUAACGUUUAACUGCUGCCGGUUCUCAUGGAGACAUGGAGUACCAACGCAAGCCCCUCUUUCGCUUAAAAACAAAACAUAUGAAUUUCUAAAGAAGACCAAACGAAGGAAAAGGAACAGAAGGAUAUGGUUUCUGCUAACGGAGAGCCUGGAAGGAAUGAAUGAGAUGAAUGAGAUGUUAGCUUAAUAUGAAAGAGGCUGAAGCAGCUUGGUAUGUCUCUCUCAUUCUUUGGAAAAGCUUUAACUUGAACUUACCUAGGCUCAGAGCUGAUGUAUGAUGAAUGUACCUCAACUUUAGUUUUUCAUUGCUUUACUACGCUAACAAGUCUGUCAAUCAACACUUACACACUUCAAGACUUCGAGACACCCCUCUCCUUUAAAGCACUUAUUUUUUAAACUCAUGCUCAAACAAUAUGAAGAAUAUAAUGCUAAUAUUCUUUAUUGUACUUUACAACCUUAACAUACACUACUUGACCAAAAGUAUGUGGACACCUGCUCGUCAAACAUCUCAUUCCAAAAUCAUGGGCAUUAAUAUGGAGUUGGUCCCCCCUUUGCUGCUAUAACAGCCUCCACUCUUCUGGGAAGGCUUUCCACUAGAUGUUGGAACAUUGCUGUGGGGAGUUGCUCCCAUUCAGCCACAAGAGCAUUAGUGAGGUCGGGCACUGAUGUUGGGUGAUUAGGCCUGGCUCGCAGUCAGCGUUCCAAUUCAUCCCAAAGGUGUUCGAUGGGGUUGAGGUCAGGGCACUGUACAGGCCAGUCAAGUUCUUCCACACCAAUCUCAACUAACCAUUUCUGUAUGGACCUCGCUUUGUGCACGGGGGCAUUGUCAUGCUGAAAGAGGAAAGAGCCUUCCCCGACCUAUUGUUGGAAGCUCAGAAUUGUCAAGAAUGUCAUUGUACGCUGUAUCAUUGUCAUUUCCCUUCAAAAACAGCCCCAGACCAUUAUUCCUCCUCCACCAUACUUUACAGUUGGCACUAUGUAUUGAGGCAGGUAGCGUUCUCCUGGCAUCCACCAAACCCAGAUUCGUCCGUCGGACUGCCAGAUGGUGAAGCGUAAUUCAUCACUCCAGAGAACCCGUUUCCACUGCUCCAGAGUCCAUUGGCGGCGAGCCUUACACCACUCCAACUAAUGCUUGGCAUUGCGCAUGGGGAACUUAGGCUUGUGUGCUGCUUCUCGGCCAUGGAAACCCAUUUCGUGAAGCUCCCGACAAACACUUCUUGCUGACGUUGCUUCCAGAGACAGUUUGGAACUUGUUAGUGAGUGUUGCAACUGAGGACAGACGUUUUUGUACGCUCUUCAGAACUCAGUGGUCCCGUUCUGUGGCUGUCUGCUCUAUUUUUUGCACCUGUCAGCAACGGGUGUGGCUGAAAUUGCUGAAUCUACUAAUUUGAAUGGGUGUCCACAUACUUUCGUAUAUAUAGUGUAGCUUGUCAAGCUCUACUCUGGUAUAAGCAACCCAUUUGAGUGCCUUUUUUACACAUGAACUUGAACCUAAACCACUGUCCCAGUAAUAGCAUGCACCAUACGCAACAGAUAUUGCUUAUAGCAGCUUAGCCCACUCAAACCUCCUACUCAAUAUGCUGUCUGUCUUAAAAUAUUUUAGUAGGAUGGUCUAUAACCCCCCCAAAAUAAGGUGCCCCAAAGUUCCUGCAUAUGUCAAUGGUUGGAAACACCUAUGUACUGUUUGCGCUGUCAUAGCUACCGUUGCAGCACAGUUUGGAUGCAGAUUAGAAUGACUAUUGUCAAAGAAUGCAAGCCCCUCCCCUAAUUGUAUACAGGGUGGAUCACCAUUGAGACCAGGGUCUCAUUUGCAAGGGAGCCCGGUGAACAGGAACAUACAAUAAAUAAUAUCAAUACAAUAAAUACAAUAAGAGUAAUCAAAACAAACAAGUCACAUAUCAUCUCCCUUAAACUCGAUCUAAACUGUCCAAUUCAGACAAGUGAGUCUAAUUUCAAGGUGGCCUUAAGGUUAUUCCAUGACCUGGGGGCAUAAAAACCAGCCAGUCCAGAGAGUGGGUCUGAAAAUAGCUGGAUCUCCAGUUAAGACUGACUUCGAAGAACCGCUGAGUUAGAAGAACCACUUUAUAUACAGAAAGUAGCCACUGCUGGGCCCUUCUGGUAGUCAGAGACUCCCAGUCAACAGAGCUAUAGAAAAUGCAGUGAUGUGUAAAAAAAAUUGUCCCCAGUGAUAAAGCGCAGUGCUAAAUGAUAGACUGAAUCGAAAGGGUUUAAAGCAAAGGCUGCGCAUGCAUGUAGAUUAUAUCACCAUUGUCAAGUACUGGGAGAAGCGUUGCUUGAGCAAUCUUCCUUCUACUUUCCGAAGUGAGGAAGGAUUUAUUUCUAUAAAAGAAACCAAUCUUAAUUGUCAACUUUUUUUGUCAGUUUUUCAAUGUGUGUUUUAAAAGAGAGCUUAUCGUCAAUCCAAAUAAAUGGGGAACUUUGGGAUCCAUUCAAUUAGCAAAUAUGCAAGUCCUCAGGGUCAAUAUUAAGAGACCUAGAGAACAACAUACAUUUGGUUUUAUUAGCAUUUAGCAUUCAUUUAAGAUCACUAAGUGAUUUUUGAAUUGAGUCAAAACCAUGAUGAAGGUCAUGAAUGGCCUGCUGUAAUGAAGGGUCACAGAAGUAAAUAACUAUAAUCCGCAUAGAGAUGAAUGUUAUAGGUCUUAACAGAUAGACCAAUAUUAGUUACAUAAAUAGUCGACAACAGGGCUCAAAAUCAACCCCUGCGGCACAUCUUUCGUAAUAUUAAGGAAACUAGAUUUGAUACCGUCAGUAAGCACACAUUGUGUCCUGUCCGUUAGAUAGUUCUUGAACUAAUUGCAAGAUGCCUGAUCUAGGCCUAUUUCAGACAAACUUUGAACAAGUAAAAAAAUGGUUGACCGUAUUAAAUCCCUUCGGCAGGUCAAUAAAUAAGUCAGUACACAUAUUUUUAUGGUCUAAACAAUAUAGCACAUCAUCUAAGACAAGUGUAGCCACUAAAACAGUGCUAUGUUCGGGUCUAAAACCAGAUUGAUGUUCAUUAAGAAUAGAAUGAGAAGUAAAAAAAGUUUUAAGCUGAGAGUUGGCCAGGGACUCUAAAACUUCGGCAAGGCAAGAUAGCUUGGAAAUUGGAUGGUAGUUAUCCAAGUCAGAAGGAUCUUAUGCCAUCUUAUGAGGACUUAUGAGGACUCAUAUGAGGACAUAUUAUGAGGACUUAUGCCAUUUUCCAGAUAACUCCAGAAACAAUUGCCAAGUUAAAAAUAUAGGAUAAGGAUUCUGCAAUAAGUGGGGCAGAAAUCUGCAGCAAAAAGGGAUCAAGUGAGUCAGCUCCAGCAGAUUUUUUUUACAUUGAUCUUCAAUAAGGCACCUAGUACAUACUGUAGACGUCCAAUGGUUGAAAUGAAAAUGAGGAAUGUGUAUCUGGGAAUGUAAUAGUUCUCUGCAACCUGGCUCGAGGUGAGUAAAAGGCUUCCUCUGUUGGAAUCAGAGUUUUCAGAAGCUAUUUUAUCAAAUAGGUGACCCACUGAGGCAAAGUGGUUAUUAAAAAUGUCCAUCACAAAUGUCCAUCUUAUCUGGCUGUCAUAACAUGCUGGGGUAAUGAGGGGAGGGAGUUUUGUUUCAGAGAUUUGACUACCUUCCAGAAGGCAGCUGGAUUCUCACCAGUUCAAGAAGUAUGUCGAUGUUGCCUUUUUUUUACCAGGCAUAGACAUAUUUUUCAAGCGUCUGAAGGACUGCCAGUCAGACUUAAAUUCAGUCAUCCUAGCCUUAGCCCAAGCUACAUUUCUCUCCAGAAGUAUUUCUGUUAGUUCAUGCGUGAACCAGGGAUUAGCUUUAUCCCUUACCCUUAGUUUCUUGAAUGGAGCAUGCUUAUCUGCAAUAGAGCAAAGAAGUUAAACAGUUUAGGGCCUGAUGCGAAAUGCCUAUAAUUUAUCUUGAAAUAAUGUGAGGGCAAGAUGUAGGUAGCUUCGCAUCUCUUAUGCAGACAACGGGACAAUGGUCACUGAACUCAUUAGCAAAAAUAACAUUGGCUGUAUACUUAUGAGGGGCAUUUCUCAAAAUAAUAGCUAAAAGAGUAGAUUUUUCAGGGUGUUCAAAGUUGGGGUGGGUUUGUUCAGUUAACAACUGAGUUAGAUUUAGCUCAAUGCAGCACAAGGUUUUUGCCACGGGAACCGAGAUGUUUCACACCAUAAAGCUGGCGAUGAUAAAGGCUGGUGAGAUGGCAGAGGAGGUCCGGAGGUUUUUGUGCCUCCCGCCGGCCACAAAACCCAUUAUGGCUGACGGAGGAGCCGGUGCGUCAAGACACCCUCGAGGUCCGAUGAGAGGAGGAGCGCAGCGGAUUGGAAUCUGGGACAGAGUCCCCUCGGGAACUUAGAGGAUCCGAGGCAGAAUCCCCCUCGGAAGGAGUCCGGAUGGCGCUGGAGUCUUGGGAAGCCAAGAUGGUAAAGCUGUUUGACAACUGGAUUUGGGUCGGGCUUUCCAGCACCAAAGAAACCCCACUUUCCACAGGCCACUUCCCUCCAUUUGGCCUAUGGCGGGUGACGUGCUUCCAUGGUUGGGCAGCAGAAUUGGUGAGAGUAUUAUUCUCGAAAUCCAGCUGAAGCAACGUUCCUGCUCCAUUUCCCAAGGGAGUGGGAGGCUUCAUUGGGGAGGGGUGCCUGGAAGGCAUUGGCCAUUCAGUCAAGGAGUGUUGAGAUGGUGGUGAUACGCUCAACACAUUGAAAUGACGUCCAGCCUGUGGUGUGGAGAAGGUAGGCAUGGGUACUUUCCCCAGUAGAUUGUGCAAGUUUUUAAUCUGUUUGCUAAGAGUAGUCACUUCUUUCCUAUAGUCUUCUGCAAGUAAACAAUUGUUGCAUCGAAACUCCGGUCAGUCCACAUUGUCCUGGAAGAGAGCAUAGUAAAUAAUGCUCGCUUUUUUCCCUGAACGGGAAAGCAUCCAUGGAAAGAGACAUAGGAACUAAAGAGAUAACAAUUUCAGGCAGAGUAAUAAAAUAGACAAUAACUGAUUUUCCGGACCUAUACAGGCCGUCGGUAAAUAGACCCAAUAUAUAAAUACACCAAAUACAAAAAAAUAUAUUAAACAAAAUAGACUCCAGCCUGUUAAACUUAACUUUCUUCUACAAACAAUUCAGUCUCAAACAAAUGUGUGCGCUCUCUCUCUUUCCAGUGACCCUAACCUUCAUGGGAUAGUUCAGGGAAAUUACAUAUUUAGAUAUGUUUCCUUGAAAGCAGUCUAGGUACAAUGAGUGACUGCAAUCCACACUGCAAUCCAAAUCAUCUGUUAAAUGGAUUGUGUUGCUCAAUGGUUCAGAUGAUUUUGGCAGAACAUUUUAAAUGGGGAUACUAUUUGGUCCCAAAAUGCUAAUAUUACCCGUAGCUAGUUUAACAAAACCAAAUUGUGGAUUGCAGUCAUUUAAGGUAAGAAUUUCUAAAUAUGUCGUUUCACUGAACUAUCCCUUUAAAGAGAUAGUUCACACAGCUACAUCUUGAUUGCUUAUAGUAGAAAUGCAGUGUUUCUGUAUUAUUAUUUCGUAAUAUGAUAGCAUAUUUGUCUAACAUAAAGGGCCGGUGGGAACCAUUCAUUGGAUCCAUGAAUUGUCAUCAGUGCCCUUAUCAAGAUAAUAUUGAUAUUAAUAUUCUCAAAUAUAUUUUGAAGGCUACACAGCAAUUGAAAGAAGGAUCUACUGUAAAGAUUUUGUAUUAACAUUUGACUGAAUUGUCAGAGUGACCUGCUAUACAGUUAGAUAGACAGCCAAUCUGGUUUAGAAAGCAUGUGAUUUUUAUAGAGACUGUCCAAACAUAGAGCAAUGUCUCCACACAUUACGGACCUGCUAAAUGAGUUGGUUAGUGAAUUCAUUAUUUGAUUUACUGUAACUAUGCCCUCAGUUCACAAACAGAUUUUUAACCUCAUUCUUUAUAUCCAGCACCAUACCAAUCUAUGUGAAAACGGUGCAUUUCUAAGUUUUGUAGUCAGGAAGAUGGAAAAGGUUUUCAGCAAUUACUCCCGGUGAUGUAAUUUUCUAAUAAAAACGUUUCCUUCGUAAGAAAUCAAAAAACAGUCGUUGCUUAACAAAUCAAACCUCGGUACGGAUUCUCUCUGGUUUGUUUGCCAUUCUGUGACCUGAACUGCGUCAAUUAAUUACACCUUUCAUUUUGACAACUUAAUUGAUUUACUUUAAUUUGACUUGUUUACUGUAUACAGAAAGAACACUCAGGUCUACUGUUAGUAGCUAAUCAAAUCACACCAAUGUCUUAGUGCCACAGCACAUUGUGAGCAUGUGUCUUAAACGUCUUAAACCCUAUUAGAGAUGAAUGUACUUAACCGUUAUGGCCCCAAUGCAGUAGAACUAACUGUUUAUGUAAAGAGCUUUUCUUUUUUCCUGCUUAUGUUUUUCAGUGUAUGCUGUUAUAUGGUACUGUAGAUGCAAGUUGCUAAGAUAAGCUUGGAGACACUUUUCCCACCACACGCUGAGCAAGCCUGAUCAUAUGUACCUUGUUGUCAGCCCUCUCUUAUACAGUAGGAGGACGGACCAGGUAUUACUAUAACCACAUCAGCAAUGUACAUAUUUCAAUGACUGUGCAAUUACAUGUUUUAUUUUUCUCUUCUGUAAAUUGGAGAAAUAGAAUCGACAAACUGCAAUAAAGUUUACAUUUUCUUACA